AUGGCGAGCUCUCGCUACAACCGUGCCUCGGCAUGGGUCACGGGUGCGACGCUCGCUGCGUCGAUGCUCGUGGCUCCCGUCCAGGCCGGUCCGCCGGCCGACGUCGUCACUGUUGAAGAAGUAGUCACAAAGUAUGUCGAUGUCAACGAGUGCCUUAAGAAAUGCCCCGCCAAGACAACUACCGUUGAGGUCAAGCUUCCUCCCGUCACCAUCACUCUCCCCGCAUGUGAGACGCCGGGCAAGGUGCCUCCACCCAAGACCGAGACUCGCCCACCAUCAUGCGACUACUGCCCUCCGACCGUAGUCCACUACGAGCCGACUGAUGUUCCUUAUGUGACUAAGACCACCGUCAAGGAGCACAUCCAGUACCCGACCGUGGAGACACAUCGUCCCUCCAAGGGCUGUAAGAAGGACUGUGAGGGAACAGUAGUCAUCUGCGAGCCUCCUCACCCAACUGAGCCUCCCAUUCCACAUGGCGGCCGCAAGGGUGACUACUGGGGCGACGUCAAGGACUUCGGUGAUUUCGGAGACUCCGAAGUCCACAUCCUCCACGGUGCCCAGCCCGGCGGCCCCAACGUUCACCUUCCUCCAUUCAAGCACGGGGAGAAGCCUGUUGUUGUGUGCGGUCCUCCUGGGUUCGAGGACAAAUUUCCCCAUGUCACUGUUCCCGGUAAGGCUCACGGCCGCACCACGACCAUUGUCCCGACUGGGCCUGGAGGGCACCCAAUCCCCUACGCCACUCCUGUUGUCCUUGUUGACAAGCACCACGGACAUGAGGUUCCCACUGUGACUGCUCCUUGCGGUGUCGAUGGUCCUGCUGUGACCCUCCCACCAUGGAGAGACGAAAGCGGCCACGAUGAGCGUGGCCCCAUUGUCAUCUACAUCAUCAAGGGAAAGGAGGACAAGGAUGAUGACAGCGCCGAUGAGGGUGACGAGGUUGCCCCCGCCAUGUAUGAUGGCAUUCAUGUUGGUAGUGGGAAACCCAACGCCGGUCCUGGCGUCGCUCCAAGCCCCCGACCAAGUCUUGGUCCUGCUGGAGUCCUGCCUGGUGGUGGUCCUAACGGUGCCAACGGUCCCGGUUCCAACGGUCCUGGUUCCAAUGGUCCUGGUUCCAAUGGUUCUAACAACCUUGGCCCUGGUUUCAAUGGUCCUAACAACCUUGGUCCUGGUUCUAAUGGCCCUAACAACCUUGGUCCUAAUGGCCCCAACCGUCCUGGUCCUAAUGGUCCAGGUCCCAACGACCCCAAUUUUGCUCUCAACAUCCCUGGUUCCAAUGGUUCUAACAACCUUGGUCCUGGUUCCAAUGGUCCCAACAACCUUGGUCCUGGUUCCAAUGGCCCUAACAACCUUGGUCCUAAUGGCCCCAACCGUCCUGGUCCUAAUGGCCCAGGUCCCAACGGCCCCGAUUUUGCUCUCAAUGUCCCUGGUUCCAAUGGCUCCAACAACCUUGGUCCUGGUUCCAAUGCUCCCGGCCCCAAUGGUCCUGGUCCCAAUGGUCCUGGUCCCAAUGGUCCUGUUUCUAACGGUCCUGGUUCCAAUGGCUCCAACAACCUUGGUCCUGGUUCCAAUGGUCCCGGCCCCAAUGGUCCUGGUCCCAAUGGUCCUGUUUCUAACGGCCCUGGUCCCAAUGGUCCUGGUCCUAGCGGUCCUGGUCUUAAUGGUCCUGGUCCUAGCGGUCCUGGUCUUAAUGGUCCUGGUGUCGGUCCCAACCCCUUAUUGCCUACUGGCCGUGGUGUUCCUGGCUCAGGUGUCGCCCCAUCCAUCCCGACUGGCAGUCCUCCAACUCCAGGAACGGGCCCUGGAAACACGGGGACCAACCCUACCGUCGAUCCUGAUCUGCUCACGGAGGGUCCCGAUCCUGGCCCGAGUGGCACCAACCCUGGCGUCGAUGUUGGCCCCGAUGGUCCUGACGAGGGCAUACCCACAGCUUCUCCGGCCAAGUGUGUAAAUGCAAAUGCUGAUGAGGGUCUCCAGCAAGGCCUGUACGUCGUAGACCAGGCCAACCAGAUUCUGAGUGAGAUGGACCCCAGCCAGAUUGGAGCUGCCGAGCCUGUGGCUGCCUCUGUUGGUUUGGACUUGCUCACGCUUCCCAACCCUGCUGACCAACCUUUGGCCUACCACUUGAGGGGUUUCAUCUACGUCUGCGAAGAUGGAGACAUUACCAUCUCGACUCCUGGUACCGAGGGUAGUGUCUUUAUCUGGACUGGUGAUAAUGCUGUGUCGGACUUCACUGGUGCCAAUGCUAACAUUGUUUCUGUCAACUCCCCAUCUGGCCUCAGUAAGCGUGCUGGUCCCGCUACAACAACGGUUGUGAAGGGCAUCGGCGGUACAUAUCUGCCUAUUCGUAUUAUCUGCCUCCUCGAGGGCGGUGCCAACUGCUUAUUCCGUAUGGAGGGCACUGGCAGCACUGCUCUCUACGAUGAAGGUUCUGGCGCCCUCCCCAAUAGCCUCUUCACGCUGGUUCCUACCGCCCCAGAAAGCAACAUUACCUUCCCCGACUUUGGCAGUGAGAACACAACCCCCCCGAACACUGGUACUGGUUCCAGCAACCCAUUCUCUUCUUCAGGCCUUCCCGGUCUGCCUGGCGUGAAUGGCCUCACUGGAGGUUCGACCCCUGGAAACUUCACUUGGAGCGUUGCCUUCGGAAACUCCAGCCUGAACUUUGGUCUUGGCACUGAGAAGCUUCCUAAUGGUCUCACCGAUAUUAGCUUCGACUUCAACGGAAAACUGUCUGGCCUGCUCCUCCCUGAUCUAUCCAUUCUCUCCCUAGGCGGCCUCUUCCCCAGCUUGGGCGGCUUGGGCGGUCUCCCCGGCAUGGACGGUCUUUCCGGCCUUGAUGGUCUGCAAGGCCUCGGUCCUCUCCUGUACAGCUUGCUUCUCCCGGCACUGGGCGAUGGUCUUGGAGGUGACCUUGGUGGUCUCCCCGGUCUUGGAGGCCUUCCCGGCCUUGGUGGUCUCCCUGGUCUCGGUGGCAUUCCAGGCCUCGAUGGUCUCUCACUUCCGAAUCUUGCACUUCCUUACCUUGGUGGCCUCUUGAAUGGAUUGGUGCUGCCAAACUUUGCUUACCUCCUUCCCGGGCUCGCCGCUUUGGGCUCAGGCUUGGGUGAUCUGGGAUCUGGUCUUGGACUUGGUCUUGGAGGUCUCGGAUCCGGUCUGGGCGGUCUGGGAUCUGGCCUCGGUGGAUUAGGCUCCGGUUUAGGUGAUGGUCUUGGAGGUUUGGGAUCCGGUCUUGGAAGCCUUGGCGGCCUCGGCCUACCAGGACUUGUCGACGCCUUGAACCUCAACAGCUUCUUGACUGGUCUGGCUCUGCCUGCCCUGACCUCAUUGCUCCGUGUCCUGACAAUUCCCAGCCUUCCUGACCUGGGCAGUAUUCUCUUCAGCCUGCUAGAUCCAAGCACUCUGCCUAAUAUCGGGCUUCUGUUGGACUCCUUGCUUCCCUCACUGACUCUUCCCAACCUGACUGGUCUGCUUGGCGGAUUGAGCACGCUCCCUGACCUUGCCGACUUGCUGAACGGCCUGACUGGUCCUGACCUGACCGAUCCUAGUGACAUUCUAAGCGGCCUCUUGGGCAAUCUAACCAACCCCAACAACCCAUUAGACGACUUGCUUGAUCCUAACAAUCCCCUGAACAACCUGCCUGAUCUUAGCGGCCUUCUCGGAGGUCUCGGAGGUCUCCCCGACCUCGGAAGUCUGCUCAGCAUUCCAAAUCUCGGAGACAUCAUUCUCCCUGAUCUAAGCCUGCCUGCUCUUGAUAGCCUGCUCUCUGCUUUGCUCGGUCCGCUCGGACCUCCGCCGGAACUGAGCGCUCUUCUGGCGACACUUCUGAGCCCUAACCUGACCCCCGACCUUGGGCAGCUACUCAGCGGCCUGAGCCUCCCUAACCUUCAGUUGCCUGAUCUGAGUGGUCUCUUGAGCGGUCUUGCUGGCGGUGCACCCGACCCCUCCGACAUCAUUGGAUCACUGGGCAGCCUCCUCGGUCUCGGCAAUGCAUUGGACCCCCUAGGAAACUUGGGCAACGCGUUGGACCCCCUAGGAGGGCUGGGCAACAUUCUUGGCAAUCUGCCUGAUCUUGGAGAUCUGGGCAACGCUCUUGGCAGUUUGCCCGAUCUUGGAAACCUCUUGAGCAGUACCCUUCCUGAUCUGAGCUUGCCUGACCUCAGCACCCUGCUCCCCACCCUGCUCGGCCUUCCAGGUCUUCCCGACUUGACUUCUCUUCUGUCCGGCCUCCAGGUCCCCAACCUGCUGCCGAACUUGGACCAGCUCCUAGGCGACCUGUCGCUUCCCAACGUUCAGCUUCCCGAUCUCUCAGGUCUCUUGGGUGGUAUCCCCUCAGGUGUCCCUAGCCUUGACGAUUUGACCCAGCUCGGCAACCUUCUCGGAGGGCUUGGGAACUUGCCCGAUGGUGGGCUUGGUGACUUGCUUGGAGGUGGACUUGGUGACUUGCUCGGAGGUGGACUUGGAGACUUGCCCGGAACCGGUCUCCCUUCCAUUCUUUCUGACUUGGGUGAUCUUCUUUCAGGCCUGCUCAUCCCCGACCUAAGCCUGCCUGGUCUCGAUAGCCUGCUGCCUGACCUCGGACUACCUGGCAUUCCCGAUCUCAGCCAGCUUCUGGGAGGUCUGGCCAACCCCAACACGCUGCCCGAUCUGGGACAGCUUCUCGGUGGCCUCACAAUCCCUGAUCUUUCACUCCCUGAUCUGAGCGGUAUCCUCGACGGAUUGAAUGGAGGCCUACCCUUGGACGACUUGAGCAGUCUUCUUGGAAACGUUCUUGGUGGACUUGGAAACGGUGGCAUCCCAACAAUCCCCACUACACCCACUCUCCCAGGCACUCCUGGUGUUCCUGAUUUGAGCAACUUGUUGGGCAGUCUUCUCCCCGGCCUCAGCAUCCCAGACCUUGGCAGCCUGAUCCCCGACCUCGGUGACCUGCUGCCCUACUUCUCACUGUUCCUGGGAAGCCUCCUCUCAGGUAUUCCCGACAUUUCGCAAUUGCUUGGUGGUCUCGAUGGCCUGACUGGCGGUCUCAAUGGACUUCCUGACUUGAGCAACGUCCUCGGCGGGCUAACUGGCGGUCUCAAUGGACUUCCCGACUUAGGCAACGUCCUCGGCAACACUCCAGAUCUCACUCUACCUAAUUUGGGCCUGCCAGACCUUGGAGGCCUUCUCCCAGGCCUCCUCGGCGGUUUGGGCAAUGUUGGAAAUGGUCUUCCUGAUCUCCUCGGUGGCCUGGGCAAUGUUGGAAAUGGUCUUCCUGAUCUCCUUGGUGGCCUUCCUGACCUCCUCGGCGGCCUGGGCAAUGUUGGAAAUGGUCUUCCUGAUCUCCUCGGUGGCCUGGGUAAUCUGCCAAGCCUCCCAGGAAGUGGAAUCCCCACGAUUCCAGGCACCCCAACCGUUCCAACAGGCAUUCCGGGCCUACCUGGCUUCAGCGGUCUCCCCGAUCUCUUGGACCCCAACCUGGUAGACGGCCCUAUACUCGACAUCGGUCUCAGCCUCAACGUUGACAUCCCUCGCCUCCUGAAAGCGCUUGGUGUCCCUAACCUCCUGAACACUCUUGGUGUUCCCCAACUCCUCACUGGUGUUGCCGGUCUUCUCGACAACCUCCUUGGAGGAUUGGGUGGCUCAGUGCCUACAUUGCCCGAUGCGGGCACCAUCCCAACCACACCGACUCUCCCUGACCUUCCCGGCACUCUGCCUCUUGACAACCUCGGCCUGCCCGACCUCGGAAGCCUCCUUGGAAACAUUGUUCCUGGCAUUGCGGGUCAGCUCGGCAAUGUCCUUGGAAAUGACCUCAACAAUGUCCCCGACUUGGGCAACACCUUGGGCAACACUGUUCCAGACUUGACGAACACUCUUGAUGAUCUUCUCAACCUAGGAAGUGGCCUGGGCAACACCGUCCCUGAUUUAACCAACACUCUUGGUAACAAUGUCGAUGACUUGACAAAUACCCUGGGCAACAUUCUGGGUAAUACCCUGGGCAAUGGAGUUCCUGAUCUUGGCAACAUUCUGGGCAACACCGUUGGAGGAGUUACUGAUCCACUUGGCAACACGGCUGACGACCUCACAAACACCCUGGGAUCCCUCCUGAACAACGAGCUUCCAAACCUGGGUCUCCCUGAUCUGAGCACUCUGAUUCCUAGUCUAAUUGACCCCGUUGGAACUCUUGGUUCUGGCCUUGGAGACCUGCUCAAUGGUCUUACGGGUGUUGUCCCCGACCCUUCCACGCUCCUCCCUAGCGUCACGAUCCCUGAUCUGAGUUCAGUCUUUCCUGACCUGGGUGACGCGUUGAGCACUUUGUUGCCUGGCCUGGGCAGCACCCUCGGUAACAUUCCCGACCUCACUGGUACCCUUGGGGGCAUUCUCCCAGACUUGACCAACACAUUGGGCAAUACCCUUGGCAACGGCCUUCCAGACCUGACCGACAUUCUGGACAAUGGUGUUCCUGAUCUUGACAGCAUUCUAGGCAAUGGCGUUCCUAAUCUUGGCAACACUCUGGGUAACACCUUGGGCAACGGCCUUCCAGAUCUUACCGGCAUUUUGGGCAAUGGCGUACCUGACCUCACCAACACUCUGGGUAACACCUUGGGCAAUGUGGUUCCUGAUCUUGGCAGCACUUUGGGCAAUGGUUUACCCGAUCUCACCAAUGAUCUCGGCAACACCCUUGGAAACGUGGUUCCCGAUCUUGGCAACACUUUGGGCAACAUUCCUGAUCUCAUUGGCACGCUUGGAGGCCUUGCCCCCAGCCUUGGUGAUGCCCUCGGCAACUUGGGCAAUGGUAUCGACACCAUCAUCCCUACCGUUGGAAACACUAUCCCCGAUCUGAGCAAUAGCUUGAACAACGUAGUUCCUGGCCUCGCAGAUGUUAUCAACAAUCUGGGUAGCACCCUGACCCCUGUCAUUCCUGAUCUGACCAAUGCACUCCCCAGCUUGGCAAGUGCUCUUCUCGAUCUCGCCAGCAACCCAGCCAGCAACCUGGGUCUGGCCAGCGCCCUUGCCAAUAUCCCCAACCUAAGCCUUCCUGACCUGACCCUCCCCGAUUUGACCCUCCCUUCGUUGGGUGUCCCUUCAUUGAAUGACAUCAGCAUCCAACUCCAAACGCCUACGCUUGCAGACCUUCUCGGAGGCCUCGGUGGCCUUACUGUCACUCCCAGUAUUCCCGCACCACCAACCCUUCCAUUGGUUUCGAUCCCGGACACUACCUUGCCAAACCUCCUUCCAAGCCUCGGGCCUACGCUUUCUAACAUCAUUAGCAGCUUGGCUCCGUCAACUCCAAGUAUCCCGGCCAGCCCCUUGGCGGGCACUCUGGGCAACGUCGGUCAAGCCACCCAAGCUGCUACCACCAUCGCGCAAGCCGCCGGCCAGAUUGCGAGCCCACUCACCUCGGCAUGCACUGGUAUCCUUGGAUCACUUGCCUGCACCCUUGACGGCAAGAGCACGCUGAACAACGUCGUCACUCAGACUGGCAAUGCUCUUGGCACCGUCGGCGGCGCAGUUGGGGGUCUCCUCGGAAAUCUUCUGAAGCCCGCUGCCACUACGCCCAGGCUCUUUAGAAUCUAA